GUCUUAAAUUCAUCAAACCUCAAACCCCUUCCUCAUAAUCUUCACACACAUUCUCUCUCUCUCUCUUACUUCAAGUGAAACUGUGUUUGUCUUAUUUCCUUUUGUGUUUCUCAUUGAAACUUUCAUAUUUCACACCUCUCUCUCUCUCUCUCUCUGCUGAGAAAAUGUUUGCAGAAACUGGUCUUCUCUUCCCUUACCUACAGAAUUACUCACAAGAGUUUCAACAACUUGAAGAGUAUUGCAUGACUCACAAAUCCAAUGCUUCAAUGAGUGACCUUAUUCAAUCAUCUGCAAUGUCGGAAUUUGAUUUAUUUGUAGAGGGAGAUUUGUUCAAAGCACCCGAGACGAUUAUGGAAGAACCGGAGAUGGACCUUGAUCCAAUGCAAGCAGCCAUGUCAAUGAUAUCUUGUGGCGAAGAUAUGUCGUCGCAGGGUCUAAAAUCUUCGGAUAUUGAUAAUGUACUUCAAAAUGAACAGCUUUUAAGUGAGGUAUACUAUGAGUGCAAGAAAGAUCUCUUGGAAAAGGCAAAUAUAGAGUCACCUCUAUCUGAAAUUCUUGAAAUCAAGGUUCCUGCUCUGAACAUCGAAGAGAAUUCGGUUCAAGAAAACAAACCAAUUCCUGAUGUGCUAUUACCAAAGAGUGUCAGUUCGGGAAGUUUGAGCUCAAUGGAUUGGAUGCAUGGAGCUGCAAUGAAGCCUGCUUUCCUUGAUUUCCCUGGAAUUGAUUUCAACUCGGUUUAUGGCAUGCGGAGGGCUUUUAGCGAAGGAGAUAUAAAGACUCUUGGAAAUGGUAACAUGAGUGUUGGCCAAUCUACUCUUGAGAGGCCUUUUCUUCACAGCAACUGCACGAGUGAGCAACGUCAAGAAAAACUCUCUAGAUAUAGGAAUAAGAAGACAAGGAGAAACUUCGGGAGGAAAAUAAAGUAUGCUUGCAGGAAGGCACUGGCUGACAGUCAACCAAGAAUCCGUGGAAGAUUCGCGAAAACGGAGGAAUCUGAUGUCAAGAGGCAAUGACACUUUAAUUGAGCUAGUUGGAAAAAAACAAAACAAAACAAAAAAAUAGAAAUCAAGUUGAUGCAUCAGAUCAAGAAUCAUGGUUGGAAAAGCUAGGAAGUGGUAUGUGAUUGGAAAUUAUAAACCUGAUGAACUUCUGUAACUUGAGCAGGUAUCUUGGAAUAAGAUAAACCUCAAACUCUCCUAAGUAGUUUGCCUUAUAUAUAUGCUGUAGUAGUAUUCUCUUUGUAGAUGGAUAUGACCUUCUAGAUAUGUACAUAGGUUUGAUGAAUAAAAAAAGAUAAGGUUGUAUCUGUGAACUUCUUAUUUAGUUGUAUCAUGUUAAAUAAUGAUGUUAUGAGUUUAGAAUUAUUUCUAACAA